ACAAGACACACAGGCCAGGUCUGCAAGGAGCCCACUCUGCUGAAGACACUGCAGGACUUCUACUUAAUUCCCAGCAGCCAUGGGUGAGAAUGCUGAUGAUCGUCAAGUCCAGGAGAGCCUGGUUCAACUGAGAUGUCACUUUACAUGGGGGCUGGUAGUCGAAGACUCUGAAAUACCUGAUUUAGAAAGCAGGGUCUUAGAGGAGAUUGAGUUCCUAGACACCAAGUUCAAUGUGGGAAUCCACAACCUUCUGGCCUAUGUGAAACACCUGCAAGGCCAGGAUGAGGAAGCCCUGCAGAGCUUGAGAGAUGCUGAAGACUUGACCCAGAGACAGCAUGCAGACAAGUCAGACAUGAGAAGCCUGGUGACCUGGGGCAACUAUGCCUGGCUGUAUUACCACAUGGGCAAGUUGGAAAAAGUCCAGAUUUACCUGGAUAAGGUAGAAAACAUUUGCCAGAAGUUUGCAAGUCCCUUCCGCUAUAGGGUGGAGUGUCCUCAGAUGGACUGUGAGGAAGGCUGGGCCUUGCUCAAGUGUGGAGGACAGUAUCAGAAACAAGCCAAGGUCUGCUUUGAAAAAGCUCUGCAAGCGGAACCUGAAAACCCUGAAUUCAGCACUGGGUUUGCCAUUGCCACCUAUCGCCAAGAUUUUGAUAAGAGUUUCAUUUCUCUAGAGCCCUUAAGGCACGCUGUCAGGCUAAAUCCAGGAGAUGCAUAUAUUAAGGUCCUUCUUGCUCUGAAACUUCAGGAUGCAGGAAAACAGGUCGAAGCAGAAGAGUACAUUUUAAAGGCUCUGCACAACACCUCCUCCCAGGUUUAUGUCUUUCGUUAUGCAUCCAAGUUCUACAGAAGAAAUGGCUGCGUGGAUAAAGCUCUUGAGCUCCUUGAAAGGGCCUUGCAGGCAACACCCUCCUCUGCCUACCUGCAUUACCAGGUGGGGCUUUGUUACAGGGCACAAGUGUUACAAAUAAAGAACUCAACAAACAUGCAGCCUAGAGGGCAGGAUAGAGAAAAAGUAGACAAAUUGGUUCAACUGGCUAUAGCUGAAUUCCAAAAGACUUUAGUGCUAAGGCCCACAUUUGAGAUGGCUUAUGUUACUCUGGCUGAAAUGUAUGCAGAAAUUGGCCAAUUCAGAAUGGCAGAGGACAAUUUUCAAAAAGUGUUAGUCAUGGAAAACAUUGCUGAUCACUUGCAGCAAGAGAUUCAUCUCCGCUAUGGCCGCUUCCUACAAUUUCACCAGAAAUCUGAAGAUAAAGCAAUCACCCAUUAUCUAAAAGGACUAAAAGUAAAAGAAAUUUCCUUUGCCAGGAGACAUGUUCUCAAGGCUUUGGAACAACUUGCUAAAAAACGUCUUAACAGGAAUGUACGUGUUGUGGAAAGCCUCAGCCUCCUUGGGCUCAUCCACAAAUUGAGAGGCGAAGUGAAUGAGGCCCUACUGUGCUAUGAGAAGGCUCUGAGGCUCACUGGUGAGCUGAACCCUAUGUUUUGAAAUACAGCUCAUUGUUACCCGUUUGAUGUACUCAUAACUAAAUAUUGCAGUGAUGUUUCCUAGUCACUGCCUCCAAAAUGGUGUAACCUGAUGAGACACAAAAUAUUUGAGGACAACAUGUCCUCUGUGGCCUGACUGUACCCACUCACUUUCUUUCUCCUGGUACCCAUGGCUGAGACAUAGCAUCCAAUCUUCUAUGACAUACCCCUACUGUAAUUGACCAAAGACAAUUCUUUCUGUCCUGGGUGCCUAUGAGUUCAUGGACCUUCCUUAUGAUUAGGCCUCUGGAAUGAGCAGCUUCCUUUAUUAGUCUGCUAGUGUCCUUCUUGUGUAGCCAGAGCCCCAAUUUUCUAUGAGCUGUAAGAGAAAACAAAAGAGUAUAGAUGAGAGUAAACCAGCAGGGGAGGAAUUCUUUACAUGCCUACAGCGUUACAGGUGAGAGUUCCAUCCCCUGUACCCCACUAUAACCAAGAUCUGCUGGUCCUUGAACACAGUCAAUAACUGAUAAUCUACCUUUUCUUGACCUGUGUGACACUAGUGUCAAAAAUAGUGAGUCUGAGCCAUUGAAACACUUUCUUGGACAUUUGUUCAUAGCUUAAUAGACAUUUGAUGUAACAAGGAAAGUCAAAAUAAGGGAAUAGCCUGUCUGGGAGGUGUGAGCACAAUAUGGCAUAAAUAACUUCCUUUAGCUUUUAGGUGAUUGUUAGAUUCAUGUGAUAUAAUCUCCUUUUUUCUGCACACCCAAAAAUAUUCCAUAAAAUCCCAAACUCUUUGAGUGUAUUUUGUUUGUGACAUUUAAAAAGAUGCCUUCUAUGUUUAUGUGGAAACAGAGAGCUUCAGAUGAAGUUUAUGCAGAACUAGCAGCCCUUUAACAGAGGAAGCUGUGUGUACACAAACACUAUCAUAUUUUUUAAAAAAUAUGGUGGGCAAUUGUGUCUAAACACAAUGGAAUUGGGCAGUUGGUUGAUUGAUGUCACUCUCCUCCCUGAAAGCGGGGAUUGCCCAUUGUUGAGCAAGAGUGGUAGGAAUGGGUUGGGUUGAGUCAAUUGCAUUACACUUCAAAACAUGCUAGUGACACUGUUUUCACCUGUGUUGAUGCUAAAUGAAGAACAGAUUUGUCAAGCAGAAUAAACUUCUGGGGCAGGAUUACUGUUUUUCUGAGUUCAAAAAAAACAUUACAACUCUUGGUCUCGUGUGGCCUCGCCUUCAAUUCUAUACCAGUGACUGCUUCAGACACACUUGCAUGG